GGGGCGUGGCGAGGGCGUAGCUAGCACGUGGCGUGGCGUGCCAGGGCACGUGGUCUGGUGCGCAGGCGCGGUGCCCUCCAGUCUGGGGCCUCAGCAGCGGCGCCAUGGAGCGGUUGCGCUGGCAGAUGGUGGCUGUGGCGGCCGCAGGCUUCGCUCUGGCCCUGGAGGCGCUGCCCUGGCUGCUGCGCUGGCUACGGGCUGGGCGACCGCGGCGCGAAGUACUCUUCUUCCCGUCGCAGGUGACCUGCACGGAGGCCCUGCUGCAGGCCCCGGGCACGACGCCAGCCCGACCUCCCUCCGGCUGCCCGUGCAGCCUACCCCACUGCGAGAGCUCGCUGAGCCGUCUGCUGCGCGCGCUGCUGGCCGCCCGUGCCAGCCUCGAGCUCUGCCUCUUCGCCUUCUCCAGCCCGCAGCUGGGACGCGCCGUCCAGCUGCUGCAUCAGCGCGGGGUGCGAGUGCGGGUCAUCACCGACUGCGACUACAUGGCCCUCAACGGCUCGCAAAUCGGCUUGCUGCGCAAGGCAGGUAUCCAGGUACGGCACGACCAAGACCUGGGCUACAUGCACCACAAGUUUGCCAUUGUGGACAAGAAAGUGCUCAUCACUGGCUCCCUCAACUGGACCACGCAAGCAAUCCAGAACAAUAGGGAAAAUGUCCUGAUCAUGGAGGAUGCGGAGUACGUGAAGCUGUUCCUUGAGGAAUUCGAGCGGAUCUGGGAAGAGUUUAACCCCACCAAGUACAGCUUUUUCCCACAAAAGAAGCGAAGUCGCUGAAGCUGUACCCAUCGUUAUCCUCAGAGUUUCAGGGGGCACAUCCUGCACUGGAAAACCACCCCAACCUGCAGAGAAGCAGAGUUUGCACUUCCUGGGCAUCAAGCUGUGCUCUGAGACUUCCACCCAGAAAGUCACUUAGGUGAAACUCUUUUGCUGAUUUACUACACUGAGUUGAAGAAUGUUGGGGUUAAGAAGGGAGAUUUCUGUUUUAUCAGGUCAGUGCCUUUGGACUUCACCCUUUCCCCAUCUCCAUAAUAAACUCAACCCUGGCUCCUUGCAGCCUGCUUUUGGGAGCUUUGACAUAUCCUGCUUUAGAACCCAGUUUUUCAGGCUAUGUAGACAGGCACAGGGCCUCUGAACAUCCCAUGCCAUCUUCUGUUUCUAGAAAGGUGUCUGCUUGGGCAGGCUUUGUCCAGGUCAGCCCUUGGCCUGUCCCUGAAGAUCUUCCUUCCCUCAUCUGGACCUUUCCUAGCCAGCACAAGAGUGCACCUGGCUUGCAGGGUGACAGGCUCUUCACACCUUGCUGUCCCAGCUCUCUGGUUAGAGGAAGUCAAGCUACCUUCCAGGGCUGCCUCAGAGCUGGAGCUGCCAGAAAAGGCAUGCCGUUCUCUUAGGCACCUGCCUUCCAGGCAUUGAGUGAUGGUGUGGCCCUCUACAGCUAGCCUUCAUUUUCCUGUGGUGCAGUGCCAUGGUCUGCUGAUGUGGGCUGCAGGUAGCCAGAAGCCGUCUGUUUCUACAUUGUGCUUAUAAUUUUUAACACCCUUAUGUUCAAGAUAAUCUUGUGUGGUUAGGAGCAACCUCACCUUAGCACCUGUGGACCCAGCAAAUUCACUCCAGCUCAUUGUAAUGAAUUGUGGGGUUCCUGACCACAAGCAGACUCCAGAAAAGGAGAGUCCUCUCCAGCUGCGGUACCCUGACCUCCAUGUGUUUAGCUCGAAGCUUUGAUGCACAGAUAGUUAGGGAAACAGAUUUUUCAUAUGCAUUUGUGAAAUGUUUCAGAUUAUUAUUAUUUGUUUUGGUAAUGUGUACCUUACAUGCAAGUAGCCUGAAUAAUAUCUGAAGCUACGAUUUUGCUGUUGUUGGUGUUUGUGUGUGAUAAGCUGGGUGACUGUUACAAGGACUGAGCAGAUGGGGUCUCCCAUCUAUAGGAGCUCAUGUUACUGUCAACACCUGGAGACUACUUAGUGCUGUGUAUUUCCCCUUUUCUAAAGUUACCUUUGAUUUUGUGCUAGGCAAAUUAACUCGAAGUUAAUUUUCUAAAAACUAAUGGAGGCUAUAAAAUGUAAUAUACCCAGAAGUGGUUACAUUAAGUGUUUUCUUUCCCAAGUUUGUGAACUCCCAUGGUAUGUUCUGGAAGGAGAACUGUUGUCACACAGUGUCUUCUGAGUGACACUGCUUUGGGACCCUGGGCUUCUGGCACUUUUGAAUAAAUAUGUGCUGAUUCUGGAACACAAAUGCCGUGUGGCUUUACCUUAUCCUGCUGUGUUCAGACAGCAACUAUUCUUUAUUAAAACUUUUUUUUUGCAGGGAAUAUAUAGCUAUUUAGACACUAGUGGUCAAGAUAGAAGCCCCUCAAAAAGCAGCAAGACUGUGAGGUGUUAUUUGGGUACAUCCUGGAUAUGAGUGUUUUCCAAAAUCCUAGCUUCUUUUGAUUCUAUUUCUAGACCUACAAGGCAUGGCGAUUC